CGGAAGCGGAAGUUCCGCCAUCUCCUCGUACCAUCAGAGUAACGGCAGGGUCAGUACAGACGAUAUAUUUCACAAAGUAGCUCUAUUAUAGUUUUAAAAUCAGUUACAUUACAUUGUAUAUAUUUAUACGACGAACCGGACUCGAGAGGUGAUAGUUGUUAAGUUAAAUCACUGUCGCCUCUCUCUGUCACACACUCACUCGCAUCUCUUUAUGAGUUCAGUUAGCAUAGUGCCGCGCGCACAUCUCUUAAGUGAGUGUUUUUAAAUCAGCACCGUUACAGAGACAACAACAACAACGUCUUCCUUUACUCCAAUCCUCCUGUCUUCACUACACGGACUCUGUUUUCUCCUUGAUGUCUGAUCGUGUUUGAGAGCGAGAACUGGAGCUCAGCUUGGUUAUUUCACUCCAAAUCUGUGCUUCUGGGCCCCGAUGUGGCCGUGUGGAGGUUUGGAACAGUGGACAGGCUAAACACUGAGAGCUCUGUGGCCCUGACCUGAGCACGCACACAGUGAGACAGAGAGGGGGGGGGAGAGAGACCGACACUCCCAGAUUUAGCACAACCUGAUAGCCAGCCUGUUGCCAUGUCGACAUCAUCGCUUCGGCGGCAAGUGAAAAACAUUGUUCACAAUUACUCUGAGGCAGAGAUAAAGGUUAGGGAAGCAACCUCUAAUGACCCAUGGGGUCCCUCUAGUUCUCUGAUGUCAGAGAUUGCAGACCUGACAUACAAUGUAGUGGCCUUCUCAGAGAUCAUGAGCAUGGUCUGGAAGAGACUCAAUGACCAUGGCAAGAACUGGAGACAUGUCUAUAAAGCUAUGACUCUAAUGGAGUAUCUGAUAAAGACAGGUUCAGAGCGAGUGGCACAGCAAUGCAGGGAAAACAUCUAUGCCGUUCAGACACUCAAAGACUUCCAGUACAUAGAUAGAGAUGGCAAGGACCAGGGUGUGAAUGUACGGGAAAAGGCCAAGCAACUGGUGACUCUGCUAAAAGACGAGGAAAGGCUAAGAGAGGAAAGAAUCCAUGCACUCAAGACCAAAGAGAAGAUGGCACAGACCAGCAGUGCCUCUUCGGCCCCUUCUGCUCCUGCUUUAGGGGGAGGACUGCACACAGGACCAGAUGCUGAGCAGGCUUGGCCCCAAAGCUCAGGAGAAGAGGACCUGCAGCUACAGUUGGCACUGGCUAUGAGCAAGGAGGAGGCGGAGCAGACUAGCACUGACCCUCUGGAAGAUGCAGAGCUCCGCUACGCACUCACAGUCAGCAAGGAGAUUCACCAAAAGGAGGAGCGUCUGCGCAGGGGGGACGACCUGAGGCUGCAGAUGGCCAUCGAGGAGAGUAAGAGGGAGAAAGCCAAGCCCGAGGAGUCGUCUCUGAUGGAGUUGAGUGCGGUAGAUCCAUGGGGGGUCCCUGCAACAGGCUCUGCGGGACCCUCUCCUCCUCCCGUUUUGGCUCCUGCACCUACCACUGGACCUUGGGGCACUGCUGACCCUUGGGGAGCCGUCUCCCCUGCCUCUCCGCCAAGUGCUGACCCCUGGGGUGGAGCACCACCAACAGUAGCCCCAGACCCAUGGGCUGACACCUCAUCUGGAGUGAAUUCUGACCCCUGGGCAUCUACAGCUGUGACCCCUCCAAAUGCCAACCCUUGGGCUCCCUCUGUGGCUUUGACCCCUACCCCACUAUCAGGGUCGACUGAUCCCUGGGCAGCAGAAGGAGCUGCUCCUGCCACUGAUGGUUUGACCUCUGACCCCUGGAGUGGCUCAGUUAAACAGACCAAUGGCACAGCAGAUCUAGAGAGAAGAGGCUCCUCAGUGACAGGUGAUGCAGGGGGUGGAGGGAGCACAGGCUCUCCGGUGCCCUUUGACCUUUCAUCGCUCGGCUCCUCCCUGCCUGUUCGAAAAACACCAGAAUCAUUCUUGGGGCCAAAUGCAGCGCUUGUGGAUCUGGAUUCACUAGUAUCAUCAAAACCCAAACCUAAACAACCACCACCACCAAGCAUCUCCUCCGCAUCUCACAACCCCUUCCUUCAGACACAGGGUCCCUCCUCAUCAGGUAUGAGCAUUACACCGGGAAGUACCAUUUCCAGUCGAGGGGUGUCUCCAACCCCUCCUUCCACUUCUAAUCCUUUUGGCGCAACCCCAAUGGCAUCUAUCUCCCCUCAACCCUCUUCACUUGGUCUGAGCCAGCUCCGUGCAAGCCCUGUUCCCCCAAAUCCUAUGCUGGGUCACAUGCCUCCACCAAUGGUUCAGCCAGGGAUGGGCAUGCCAGGAAUGGGGGUCCCUAUGGCGGCCUCUGGUAUGGGCAUGGGAAUAGUACAGUCCAGCUCAAUGGGCAUGCCUUUUGGUGGAAUAUCCCCUAUGGGUCCAGCAGGAAACCCCUUGCUGAUGGGCCCGGUAGGCCCUGCGCAGCCUGCACUGAUUUUGGGCGGGCCAACAGGGGUUCACGGAGUAAUGGGAACAGGGGGAUCUGUGGGAGGUGGUGCCACAGGCACAAGCACCAAUCCUUUUCUCCUUUGAAAAUUUUUACCGAUCCCACGUGCUCUGUCCACUCAAGAACCAAUUCAAACCUGCCCUCCCAACACAAACAGUUUAUGUGUUUGACAAAAAAGAAAUGUGUACAUCUCUAUAUUUAAUGAAAAAAGUUAAAAACAAAAAUUGUAUUUUCUUUCACAAGAAAGCAUUUCAUUUUUUUUUUUUUCAUUUUAUUUUGCACAGUAUUUGAGGUCUUUUAUUUCCCUAUUAAAUUUGUAUAUUUUUUUUUCAGACAUGAGCAUGGAUGAUUGGCAGUGGUCAUUCAAUGAAUGCAGGCUGUCAAUAUUGUUAUAUUAGAAUGAUUAUUGCUAAAAAAACAUAGAAAGACUUAGAAAGUGGUAGGAAAGAAACAAGCCACUAAUGAACUGAUCUCAUGGAAUCAUACACCUCUUUCUCCCCUUCCAUUGAUAAUGGAAGAAAAAAGCCGGUGAGCCUCUGAUGAAAGAGUGCAUGAAGGAUGACUGUAAGACAAAAGGAGUAAUUUAAAAAGAGUGGAUUAAAAAGGGUUCUGCUCACCAUUUCAUUCUCGGCUCUAGUAAAAAUCAUUAAAUGGUUGUAUUUUAAUUUAAUUUAAUGUGUAAUCUUGUGUAAUUUAUUUUUUAUCUAAUGGCUCUGACUCCUGGGAACAAUAAACCAAGGAAAAUCACACUGGAAAUUGCCAUUGAAAGAGAUGCCUGCUUGGUCUCCUUGGAUCUGCGAAAUUUCAGUCCACUUCAUGUGAUUCUUAUACACUUGUGAGUUGCUGAAGUGGGGCUGUAUGUGUGUGAGCAUGUAUGUAUGUAUGUCUGUAUGUUGAGAGAGUCUGUGUAUGUUGAUGUGCCCAGUAUUUUCACUCAGCUCACUGCUGUUCUUUUGUUGGGGAUUUAGCAGCAUAGUCUCACAUAAUAACAGGAUCUUCUGUUAUAAGGGUCCUUUAUUUUCAAUUAUUUAUUUUUGCAGUUUUAUUCAACUGUAAAAAUCAAAGCAUUAAUUCAACACCUGUUCACGUGAAAGCCAGCGACUGUUCUUGCAUUUCACUUUACCACUUUUUCCUUUAUGAUUUACACAGAAAAUGGGGAGAGUAAAGUGUUAACGCUUUUGAAACUGAAAAAGAAAAUGAUCUGAAUGACAAAACUAAGUGAAAUCAUACUAUGAAAUCGGGGACUGAAUGAUGUAAUCCAUGCUGUGAACCUUUAUUUACUUUCAAUGAAUUAUUUUAUAUAUAUGAAAAUUAGAUAUUUCUCUAAUAUUGGCUAUGGUCAGAAAUUGUGUGGUGUUGACUGUGAACAUUCACAUUUAAAAAUAAAAUGGAAAAAAAAAAUCAAAGAAAUUUAAGAAAUAAAAAAAUAAAAUGAAAUAGUUCAA